CCUCCAAUUUGGUUCCGCUAUUCAUCUCGAGUCCCCGGGGCCCCGGACGAUGUGACCCGGCAAAGGCCCGGGAUGCUGUUACUUGACUACGGCCUCCCUCAGGACAUGGAGAGCCAGGCCCUGGUUAUCCGGAUCCGUAUACCUGACGGUGGGGCCGUUGACUGGACCGUUCAGCCGGCUACUCAGUUACUAUUUCGUGACAUCCUGGAUGUGAUUGGACAGGUCCUCCCCGAUGCAACCACAACAGCCUUUGAAUAUGAAGAUGAGGAUGGUGACAGAAUCACAGUUAGAAGUGAUGAGGAGAUGAAGGCCAUGCUAUCCUACUACUGCAGUAUGGUGUUAGAGCAACAAGGCAGCAGUCCCUUCAUUGAGCCGCUGCAGAUAUACCCACGAGCCUGCAAGCCUCCCGGGAAGCGGAACAUACAUGGCCUCAAGGUAAACACCAGGGCUGGGCCUUCCGGUAACAGCAGUCCCUCUGUGGCAGACAACCUGGCCAGCAAUAGUCUCAAGAAGUCAUCUGCGGAGCUCAAGAAGAUCCUUGCCAAUGGACAGAUUAAUGAGCUUGACAUCCAGUAUCGAGAUAUUUUGGGUCAUGGAAAUGGAGGAACUGUAUACAAGGCAUACCAUGUUCCAAGCGGGAAGAUCCUGGCAGUAAAGGUCAUUCCAUUAGAUAUCACUGUGGAGCUGCAGAGACAGAUCAUGUCGGAGCUUGAGAUACUGUACAAGUGUGACUCUCUGUACAUAAUCGGGUUUUAUGGGGCCUUUUUUGUGGAAAAUCGGAUUUCUAUCUGUACAGAGUUCAUGGAUGGAGGGUCUCUGGAUGUGUACAGGAGGAUCCCCGAGCAGGUGCUGGGCAGAAUCUCAGUGGCUGUAUUAAAGGGCUUAACAUACCUGUGGAGUUUAAAGAUUUUACACCGAGACGUUAAACCCUCUAACAUGCUGGUAAACACACGCGGACAAGUGAAACUGUGCGACUUCGGUGUUAGCACACAGCUAGUGAAUUCUAUUGCCAAGACCUACGUGGGAACAAACGCCUACAUGGCGCCGGAGCGAAUCGCGGGAGAGCAGUAUGGAAUUCACUCUGAUGUGUGGAGUUUGGGAAUCUCAUUCAUGGAGCUGGCACUGGGGAGAUUUCCAUACCCGCAGAUUCAGAAGAACCACGGAUCUUUAAUGCCGCUCCAGAUAUUGCAAUGCAUUGUUGAUGAGGACUCUCCGGUUCUUCCAGUGGGGGAAUUCUCAGAGCCUUUUGUUCACUUUAUCACACAGUGUAUGAGGAAACUGCCAAAGGAGAGACCAGCACCUGAGGAGUUAAUGGGCCACCCAUUCAUUGUCCAGUUUAAUGAUGGCAACACAGAAGCUGUGUCCAUGUGGGUCUGCCGGGUGUUGGAGGAACGGAGAGCACAAGGUGGGCAGGAAUGAGAUGUCACAUCACCAAACACGCUUGCUAUAGCAACACGGGUUUUGUCAUUUGCAAGUACAGAGCAAAACGUGCUUUUUGCACAGUGACAUCUCAACUAAUAGAAGCUUGAUUUGCAUUUUCCACCUACAAAGAUGUUUCUCACCAAGAGUCCAAUCUGAAGAUCAUGAGACCUGUGGGACGGGUCGAACUGUUACAUAGUGAGUGCAUUUGAAAAAUCAGAAGAUGAGAUGUUAUGAGAACUUUGUCCUUUGCCUGAUUUUGAUUCACUGGGAUGGAGAUGUCUCAUUCAUCUAGAACUCAGGCCACCUUCAAUUACAGCUGCUUCAGUCAGUAGACUUCCUUCUCAAAGAACACGACUUCCAUGUUGAAUACUGGCGCCUGCAUUCUAUUAUUUCCUUGGACUUUAUAAAAGCCAUCGAUGAACCUAACCCUCCUGUCAGGUGCCUUCCUUUUUCACACCUGCCAUGGAUUUGACCUCUAGUAACCCUUUUCCCAAAUUAUACAAUGUAUUAUAAAGUUUAAUAACACCCUCUCUUUGUACUAAUAAACAUUAUUUUGUCCAAA